UUUCUAGAAAAUAAAUUUAAAAUGAUCAAUUGAGCUACUUCCCCGAUUGGUCUCCUCCCCCUUUACUCAUAUUCCUUCAUGCUCUAAUAUAUUGCAAAUGCAAUAAUGACCGACUUGUAAACCUUGACAAAAUUCCAGCACAUUAAAUUUAAAAAUACUUACUCGCAAACCAUCACUUCUGUUUGUGUGAUGGACCUCAAAUCAAGUAAAUGGAGGAGGCCAAGCAAAAAUCACUUCUUCACGAUCAUAGCAAUCUUUUUAAUUCAACACCAGCUACAUGUUUCUGUAAAAUGUGCUGAGGCCACAAAGAAAGUGCACAUUGUGUAUAUGGGAGAGAAAGAGCAUGAAGAUCCAGCAAUAACCAAAAAAAUUCACUAUGAAAUGCUGUCGACAUUGCUAGGGAGCAAAGAAGCAGCACGAAGUUCAAUUCUCUACAGCUAUAGGCAUGGCUUUUCUGGGUUCGCUGCAAGACUGACAGAGUCUCAGGCAGAAGAUAUUGCAGAGUUUCCUGGUGUUAUCCAAGUAAUUCCCAAUGGCAUUCACAAGCUCCACACAACUAGAAGCUGGGAAUUCAUUGGUCUCAAUCAUCAUUCUCCUCAAAAUCUGUUAAGGCAAAGCAACAUGGGCCAAGGAACUAUCAUUGGUGUAAUUGAUUCAGGAGUGUGGCCAGAAUCCAAAAGUUUUCAUGAUGAAGGCAUGGGGCCAGUGCCAUCUCAUUGGAAAGGAAUAUGUCAGCAGGGUGAGAGCUUCAACUCAUCCAAUUGCAACAGAAAGAUCAUUGGGGCUCGCUGGUUUGUAAAAGGAUUUCAGGAUCAAUUACCUUUUAACACAACUGAAAGCAGGGAAUUCAUGUCGCCGCGAGAUGGCGAGGGCCAUGGUAGUCAUACAGCUUCCACAGCAGCUGGUAAUUUUGUCGAGAAAGUAAGCUAUAAAGGACUAGCUGCAGGUUUAGCAAGAGGGGGAGCACCUCUUGCUCACUUGGCAAUUUAUAAGGUUUGUUGGAAUAUUGAAGAUGGAGGAUGCACUGACGCAGAUCUUCUGAAAGCAUUUGACAAAGCCAUACAUGAUGGAGUAGAUAUCCUAUCUGUGUCAAUUGGCAAUAAUAUUCCUUUGUUCUCCUAUGUUGAUAUGCGCAAUUCAAUUGCAAUUGGCUCCUUCCAUGCAACUUUAAAUGGGAUCUCAGUGAUCUGUUCUGCAGGAAAUGAUGGCCCUAUCUCACAGACAGUUGAGAAUACAGCACCUUGGCUCAUCACUGUUGCAGCCUCUACAAUUGACAGGACCUUUCCAACAGCCAUUACACUUGGAAACAACAAAACCCUCUGGGGCCAGUCUAUUACUACAGGUCAACAUAAUCACGGAUUUGCAAGCCUUACAUACUCCGAGCGCAUACCUUUAAACCCCAUGGUUGAUUCGGCAAAGGAUUGUCAGCCUGGGAGUCUAAAUGCAACAUUAGCAGCAGGAAAAAUCAUACUUUGUCUAUCAGAAUCAAAUACACAGGAUAUGUUUUCUGCAUCAACUUCUGUGUUUGAAGCAGGAGGUGUUGGACUUAUAUUUGUACAAUUUCACCUUGAUGGGAUGGAGUUAUGCAAGAUCCCCUGUGUCAAAGUAGAUUAUGAAGUAGGGACACAGAUAGUUUCCUACAUCAGAAAAGCCAGGUCUCCAACUGCAAAGCUGAAUUUUCCAAAGACUGUUGUUGGCAAAAGAGUUUCUCCGCGACUUGCAUCAUUUUCCUCCAGAGGACCAAGUUCAAUUUCUCCAGAAGUUCUUAAGCCUGACAUAGCCGCACCGGGUGUGGACAUCUUAGCUGCACAUCGACCAGCCAACAAAGACCAAGUUGACUCGUAUGCAUUCCUAUCAGGAACUUCAAUGGCUUGUCCCCAUGUGACAGGAAUUGUAGCUCUCAUUAAGUCUUUACAUCCGAAUUGGUCUCCUGCAGCCAUAAGAUCAGCACUUGUCACAACUGCUUCCCAAACUGGAACAGAUGGAAUGAAAAUAUUUGAGGAGGGCUCAACUAGAAAGGAAGCAGACCCAUUUGACAUAGGUGGGGGACAUGUGAAUCCUGAAAAAGCAGUGUAUCCAGGGCUUGUUUACGACACCAACACAAAGGAAUAUAUUCAGUUCCUUUGCUCCAUGGGCUACAGUAGUUCAUCUGUGACCAGGUUAACCAAUGCCACAAUCAACUGCAUGAAAAAAGCCAAUACUAGACUUAACCUCAAUCUUCCUUCAAUCACCAUUCCAAACCUGAAAACAAGUGCAAAAGUGGCAAGAAAGGUGACAAAUGUGGGAAAUGUUAAUUCAGUGUACAAAGCUAUAGUUCAGGCUCCAUUUGGCAUAAACAUGAGAGUUGAGCCUACAACUUUAAGUUUCAACAUGAACAACAAAAUCCUGUCAUACGAAGUUACUUUCUUUUCAACUCAGAAAGUUCAGGGAGGAUACAGAUUUGGGAGCCUUACAUGGACUGACGGCGAGCAUUUUGUUCGGAGUCCAAUAUCUGUACGUGCUAUGGAGGCAUAUGCAGAUGUGUAAUAUGGUAGAGAAAAUUGUAAUGCUAUCGAACAAUAACAAUAAUUCUUGCAUUUUGUACUUUCCUAAGUGAAGGAACAAGGAAAUGCUGCAAAAUCUACUGCUCAUCAUUGUGAUGUGUAAUCUACCCCGAGAGAUUACUCAAGAAGGCUUUAACAAGUAAUAAUGUUGUUGAUAUUUUGCUCAUUGCAUUAAUAGAA